UUCCGCCUUGGCUCCGCGCGUCCGCCGCCGGCCUCGUGCGCUUCCCCCGUCGCUGCUCGGAAGGCCGCGUCUGAAUCUUCAUGGAAUCGCAGAAUUUCUUGAGCUGCAAGGGACGCACGAGGAUCACUGAGUCCAACUCCCUGCUCCUUGUAGGACCACCUGAAGCUAAACCACAUGACUAAGAGCAUCGUGCAGACGCUCCUUGAACUCUGACAGCUUUGCUGCCGUGACCGCUUCCCUGGGAGACUGUGCAGGGACCGACCACCCUCGGUGAAAAGCCUUUUCCUGACGUUCAACCUGAACUUCCCCUGACGCAGCUUUGUUCUGUUUCCCCGUGUCCUGUCGCUGGUCACCAGAGAUCAGCAGCUCCCGCUCCGCUGCCCCCCGUGAGGAAGGUGCAGACUGCCCUGAGGAUGCCCCUCAGCCUUCUCUAAGAUGAACAAGCCAAGGGACCUCGGCUGAUCCUCAACACCAUGGCGGAUGCUCCCCAGGGCUUGCAGUGCACGUCUCCCGGCGCCAUGGCAUCCCCUUCUCCAGCCCGCCUCACACACGGCUGCAGGAGAGAAGAGGCCCAGCGGUGGCUGAUGACUCUCAGUCCCUCCUUUGCCCGCAAAGCCACGAUGAUAGUAGCUCCAAGGCUGCUGCCUUCCCCCACCCUCCCAGAAUGGAAGGAUGUCCAUCCCCGGGCAGAGCCCUGGAGAGCAGGCCGGGGAGGCGGCACUGAAAAGAGCACCGCCAGGUCAGCUGCUGGCCUCCAGGUCUCCAGAGCUCGGUCUUCCCCAUGUAAAUGUCUCUCCAGGUGCAUCUGCUGGUGCCGGGCAGUCAGGUCCUGCCCGUGUUUUUUGGAGGCUGGACCUCAAGGCCUGGACGCACCGGGGGCAGAGAGCCUCCCACGCGAGGAAGGAGGACUUGCCUUUCUCAGGGGAAGCAGCAGCUCACCGAGGCUCUCGGUCGCUGCUGCGUGGGAGGGGACAGCGAUGACGGAGCCGGCCAUCGGUGGCUGCCCCCGUCGCCCGCUCCCCCAGGCCCCGGCCUCCAUCGCACACCGGCUGUGCGCCGAGCAGCGGGGAGUGGGAGAAGGGCGGCGGCACCCGGAGCCGAGAGCCCAGGGCCCGCCGGUGCGGCCCGUCACUGGCAGUAAUCUUAGUGCCAUCCAUUGGCUGCUGGAUGUCAGAAAAGAGGAAAAGAGGAAAACCGCACAAAGUCCAAAGGGCUAA